CAAGAUGCUCUGGUUUCAAGGAAAUAGCAUACAAUUUGCCAAGUACUCCUUUAGACUCUUCCUGAGAAAUCUCUCUGCCUCUAGGACUAUUCUGCCUGUGCUGACCUUAUUCACAAAGGAUCCAUGUCCCCUUUGUGAUGAAGCUAAGGAAGUGCUGGAGCCUUAUAAAAACAGGUUUAUUUUACAGGAGGUGGACAUCACACUUCCAGAAAACUCUGUUUGGUAUGAGAGGUAUAAAUUUGACAUCCCCGUCUUUCAUUUGAAUGGCGAGUUUCUGAUGAUGCAUCGAGUAAACAUCUCAAAACUUGAAAAACAGCUCCAGAAACUUGAGCAGCAAGGUACUGGAGGCUGAUGAAAGCCCUCGUGAUUUUCCAUCCUCGCUGUCCAGAAGGCAUCUUCCCAAGGAAAUGACCACGGCCUUGUAUUCCUUUUGUCAAAUGUCACACAGCCCUAAUAAGGUCUGAACUUAGUGGUACCAAAUAAAUGUUGACAUUUCUCUUCUGAAUGAUGGAAGUACCAAUGUGAAAACUGUUUACCUUUGGCAUUUUAUGAAAUAAGAGGAGUGUGUUGGCAGGGAGGGUGGGAGAAAUCCAUUUGUUUUAUUUCUUUUUCUCUUUUGUUAUUUGUAUUAAUAUGGAAACAUUUCACAUUCAUUGGACAGGGCCAUUUAUAGGAAGAAGGCUCUAUAUCCCUGCUGCUGCCCCGAGGGCUUAACUUUUUAAUGGAGGAAUAAAUGCUCUUCCUCUGAGUAGAUAAAGUGAAAUGUGAAUUGUUAAUAACUGUGCACAGUCAAUAAAGGGAUGUUUUAACAAAUACAUCUGCAUAAGCCUGUUUCGGUGGAACUUAAUAAUACCUGUUUAAAAUUAGAGCUCAUUUUUCUGGGUAGGAGAGAAUAAUUAUCUGAGCCAAAGAAAGCUUCAUUUAAGAAAAACAAAAGAAAGAUAUAAACUCCCAAAAUGUAUAUAAGGAUCUCAACAUGCUUUGCAUGUAGUCAGUGAGUUGAUUUGUAAUAUUUGAGUACUGCCUUUGUUAGUUUUUCAGUUACCGUCAAUUGAGUUAAUUAAGCUAAUUAUGAAACAGUUUUUAAUAUCUUACGGAAAAUUCACUUCUGACCAUAACUUUUAGAUGACAGAUAUGUCAUCUAAAACCAAAAUGUAGGAUGCCAUUUUAUGUAAAGUAUUAAAAAUGUAGUUGUGUACUCUUAUUUAUAUUUAGUCAGGUUUGGCCAGUAUAGGAGUGGGUUCAUUUAAAAACAAAACUGCCUUUUCCUCUUAAAAUCAUAUCAUUGCAAUUUUAUCAAUAAUGAAAUUCUUUUAUUAACUAUUUUAAUGAAUUUGGAUAUUGUGAGUUCCUUAGCUAGAUUUAAAUUUGACCAGUACGGCCAGGCUGGUGUUUCUCAGUGGUUAAACAUCGACCUAUGAAC